CUCAUAAGAGAGGACCUUUGCCCAAUCUUCAAAAUAUCGAUUUUUUUCAAGAAUUCAAUGUUCAAGAAAGUGUGCGAAUUUUUAUAAUCCAAAUAUUAAGAGUGAUUCUAAAAUUCCUGCUGGUCAUCAACCAUAAAAUUUGCGUAAAAGUGUAAAAGGAGAAAUAUGAAAGUCAAGGUUUGAAAGGAUGGUUUGAAAAAAUAGAAAAAAAGACGACAAAGCCGAAUCAGGGGAUCAAGAGCUAAGUUGCAAGAACAAAAGUAGCUAGAUGGAAAGAUUGCGGAGCUAGAAGAAAGGGCUGAGGAUCUAGAAGUAAAACUCUAAGAAUCUAAAAGAAAGAGUCAAGGAACUAGAAGAAUCUAAAAGAAAGAGUCAAGGAACUAGAAGAAUCUAGAAGAAAGAGUCAAGGAACUGGGAGGAAAAGCUAAGAAGCUAGAAAGAAACUAGAAGAAUGGGGGAUACAGAGGUUUUGAUGUCGGACAAGGUUGUUCAGGAGUUGAUGGGAGAACAGGGAGACCUGAUACAAACCGGAAGUCCCGCAAUUCUUUGUUCCCCUCUUCCGCAGCAUUGGCGGAGUAAUAAAUCACUUCCGGUUGCUUUUAAAGUUUUUACUUUUCAGGAGGUCCCUGAUGGAACUAUUGUCACUGUCAAGUGUGGAAAUGAUGAUAAUUACAGUGGUGAAGUCAGGAACUGUACAGCAAUCAUGAAAAAUCAAAUGGCAAAAUUUUCAGAUCUGAGAUUUAUUGGUCGCUCAGGGCGCGGGAAGUCCUUCACAAUUACCAUAACAAUCCAAACCAAACCUCUUCAGUGUGCAACCUACAACAAAGCCAUCAAAGUCACCGUGGACGGACCUCGUGAGCCACGAACCAAAAACCGGUUUUUCCCCGGCAUGUUUGGAUCCUUUGGAUUGUUCCCCCAGCCGUUCUUGGAUCCACUUUAUCUGUACAGAGACUUUCUUCAAAGCAGACCGGAUAUACCUCCCCUUCCUCUUCCCUUGAAGCUGCCUACCCCCCUGGGGGUAGCCCCACCCCGCCCCCUUCUCCCCUGGACACUUCCCCCCAGUGUUAGAUCAUCUCCAAUAUCUCCAACUGCCACAAUUUCCAGUCAAGAUAUUAAGGAGGAAGAGGAUGAUGAUGAGGAUGAGAAGGAUGAGGAGAGAUCUGCCUUUAAACAGGUUAAACCAACUAAACUCAAGCUCACCAAGGAUAAAGAUAAGCAUGUCUGGAGACCUUACUAAAUCAGAAAUCGUGACUCAAACAUCAGGAAAUGAUUCUGUAUACAUUUCCAAAUACUUAACAUCCGAAAAAUAGUGAAUAAUACAUAAUACUUCUCUAGUACGAUCAUUUUGAUCUAUGAUUUUUGACGUCAAGUGCAAAUGCCGCAAAUCAUAUUCUUGCCGAGUUCGCGCAGUGCGCAGUGUACUAAUAGUGUGAAACAACUCAAUCUAAUCGGCGAAGUUAUUUAGAAGUAGAUUGAAGUGUUAGGUCCCUAGGGAUUUAUAAUAUCUGCUUAUAACUAAAGGUGUGGGUUAUGAUUGAUAUGUUAUGAUUUAAUCCAAUGACAAGAAUUAAUUUAAUAUUCCUACGGAUGACGAUCUUCCUAUGCAAACCUUAAUAUGAACCUAUAUAUGAGCAAGUGGACAAAAAUGUAUUAUGAAAGAAUAGAUUCUGAACUUAAAGUGUAUGUAACGUGUUAUCUAAAAAUAACUUACUAGUCUAAAUGUUAUUUAGCUUCAAUAACAUUAACUCAGUCAUAUUUGUUAUAGCCGGACAUCAUUUUUGCAUACCCUUCAUGUACUGUAGCCAACUACAGCUUAAAGGGAGUGUUAACCUAUUUAAAUGUACUGUAAGCAUGAUAAACCUCCAUGCAAAGAUGAUAAUGCCCUUGAAAACCUGAUCAAGUAUGAAUUAAAUAUCUAUGCUUUUGUUUCUGUAAACUAUAAAAUUUGAGGUUUUACUGCGAAAGUGACUUGCGCAUUUCUUGUUAGGAGAAACUUACAAAAAUCUAGUCAGAAUAACGACGGUAUCUUCUGCACUGUUGAACAGAUUAAGGUUGUAACUUGGACAUUGUCAUCCUUGUUUGGAGGUUCAUUUCAAA